AUGGUUUGGCUUCUCGACGAUGUCUACGACACGAAACACCGGGCCUACAUGAUGCGCGAGAAGGAGAUGAAUCUUGAACCUUUGAAGAUUCGGUAUCACGGGGUCUCUGGUCCUGCCAUGCCUUACGAUGAGCGGUACACACCAUACAUCAAGCAGGCAGGACUACUCCCGUGGAUUCAGUUGGCUGAGGCUGAUGUAGAGGAGGGAGAAGAGAAGAAGAAGAAGGAAAGGAAAGCAGCCGGAGCUGCUUUCACGUGGAUUCAAACUCACUUUGCGACGUGCCCUCCGGAUGCCACUGAUGAUGUGAUCCAGACACAUGCUCGUGUCUACAUGUGGUAUGUUGUGUCGAGGACUUUGUUUCCUGACUCCACUGGCAAGAACGCUCCAUGGAUGUGGCUGAAGGCGUUGACCGUCUUCGAUAGCAAAUGGAGCUGGGGUUCAGCGACUCUUGCCUACUUGUAUCGACAGCUGGACGAUGCGUGUUGCAGGAUCACGGGUAGUGCAGGCAUUGGUGGUAAUAUGCUUCUACUUUCUGUAUGGAGCUGGGAGCAUCUGCCUGUUGGACGCCCGAAGAGCGUCAGGUUUAAUCCUUGGUAUGAAGAUGAAGAUGACGAAUUACGGCGCCCCACCUGGGCUUACAAGUGGGAUGUGGUUUCUGAGAUGACGAACGAUGUCAAUCUCAUGUACCAGAAGUACGUUGCCGAGUUGGACACGAUUACGCCUGAGCAGCCUCACCCGCCAGAAUGGGUGGAUACGGACAAAGCACUUCAUAGUCCACUUGCUUUUGAUAACUACAUACGAUGGCUUCUUGAAAAUACCCGAGUUGAGAUAUGCCUGUCGGCAUAUAAUGAGGAUAUUCUUGAAGAACCCGUAAACUUUGAGGAUCUAUCAAAGGGGAAGUACAACAGAGAUGUCAGGGUAGGGCACAGAGUCCCUGCUGUUCCUGUGAUUAACUAUGUGCUUGAUGAUGACAUGACUUUGGCGGACGCUCAACUUCGGUCCCCAUAUGUGUUCAAGCCUAGGCAGCUCAGACGCCGGUACACGCCCAACGACUUUGACAACAGGGGCAACCCAAAGGUGGUCAUAGGGACCUUGCAGAUGGCUAGCUUGGAUCAUGAGGCGGAGGCGGAGGCGGAGGAGGAAGUGCAGGAAGAGGAUGCUCGUCCACCCAGGAAGAAGAAGAUUGCCUGCAGGCGUGGCACCAGGAACACACGCGGAAGGCAUUAG